AUGGAGGUUGAUACGGGGUAUAAGGAGUUGUUCAGCGGCGGCCUCGGUCGCUUUACGGGCGGCAAGGCGUCGCUGCACGUGCGGGAGGGGGCGAUGCCGGUGUUCCACCGUGCGCGGCCACUGCCGUACGCGCUGCGCGAGCGCGUCGACGCCGAGCUGGAUCGCAUGCUGCGCGACGGCGUCAUCGAGCCCGUUGACUGCUCCGACUGGGCCUCGCCGCUGGUGCCGGUAAACAAGGCGGACGGCUCCUUGAGAGUGGAUAGAUAUCCUUUGCCACGUAUCGAAGAUUUAAUGGUUAAGUUAAGUGGGGCACGUUACUUUUCGAAGAUUGAUCUGUCUCAAGCGUACAAUCAAAUCGAAUUAGACGAUACGAGGAAAUAUACGGUAGUGAAUACGCAUAGGGGCCUGUACCAGUACAAUAGUUAA